AUGGACGAGGAUCACUAUGACACCCCGUGGGAAUUCCUCGUUCGUCCUGGCUCUAUUCGAUUGAGUACUGCGGGCAUGCGUCUUCCCGGUUCCUCUUCUCCUCGUGGCUGUGACUCCUCGUCGAGCCCCUCAUCACCUCUUCCUCCACAAACAUCUCCAUCGCGGCUCUCAAAUGGAAAUUCCCCUCCAAACACUCAAAAUCAUCACGUCCACCAGCUCACACAACAACAGUUUUCUCCAGAACACGAGCGAAACAAAAGGAGGACAAAUGAGAAGAGGAUUAGCCUACGAGUCGAAAAGGACAAGAUCCAGAUCGACUUUCGCCAUGACGAGGAUUUAAUGCUCGAGAAAGGGAUUGAUCGAAUCGAGGCUGAGAAACGAUUGGAGUCGACGAAUCUCGGAGAUUAUUUGCUAAGGUACAGAAAGGAGGGAUCGGCUGCGCUCAGUUUGAAAGGGUCAACAAGCGUGCUUCACAUUAAGCUAGAGCGUCGAGAUGGGCAAUGGAUCGUUGGUGAAGGGCCGACUUUUCGCUCAAUCUCCUCCGCAAUUCAAUACUAUCGUCGUCAUCCUCUUCCAAUUCGAGGCGCUGAGCACGUGCUUUUAAAUCGUAAUUUCUCAAAAACCGGUGGAGAGACUAGAUUCGAUCAAAAAUGGGAACUCCCCGAUCGAAAACUCGUCUCAACUUGGGAUGAACUCAUGGAAAUCGGCGAUUUUAUACUACUUGGAAACUUUUCUUAUAGUAAAGGCCUUGGCAAUCUAAUGUUUCAAUACGCGGCGAUGAUCGCUUUAGCUCAAAAAUAUCAAGCUUUAUUGCCGAUAUCCGAGGAAAAUCUUUUAAGAAGAGCCUUUGAUUUGCAAGCAAUUGAUUGUUGUACGUAUAAAGAUUUAUCGCUAAACUUUUCUUGGGCACAAAAUCUACGAAAAGUUGAGGGUUAUAUGCAGAAUUGGAGAUGGUUUUAUCCUGGAGAAACGGUGAAGUUAAUUCGAGAAGAGUUUCAAUUCUUACCUACAAUUCAGCAAAUGUCAAAUGACUUGAUCGAAGAGGCGAAAGCUCGCUGGAGAUUGGGGCGAGCAGAGAGAGAAUCUGGAAAAGAUCAAAUGGAAAUUGAUUAUCGACUCAAAUUUGCUGAUGAGAUCACUGAUCCAAUCAUCGUUGGGAUUCACGUGAGAAGAGGACUGGAUUUAACGUUUCAUUAUAGAAAUAUGAAACACGGUCACAAAGCGGCUCCUCGAGACUACUACGAGAAAACAAUUCAAUAUUUUCGCGAGAAAUUUCAACAGUUAAUUUUCCUAAUCUCAAGCGAUGAUUUGAAAUGGGCGAAAGAGAAUUUGCAGGAAACGAAGCCAGGCGAAUUCUUCUUUCUUCCACGAAACACUGAACGAGAAGUGGGAAUGUCAGUGCUUUCCUCUUGCGAUCAUCUCAUCAUUUCAACCGGCACUUUCUCGUGGUGGGCCGCUUUUCUCGCAGAUGAUGAGAAAAAUGAGGCGAUUUCCUCGUGCGCACCACCAAAGACGUCAACCGCGGGUCUUAUCGGUGAUGUGGGAUCCGAGUCGCGGCAAGGAGCAAAGAAUCAAACAUUUCGUCGUCAAGCAACAUCAGGGCGGCAAAUUCUCCAUCGAAAAGUUCACGUUCGACUCAAUUCCCACGAUGAUUAUAUACCAUAUCAAACAAAAGGAGAGCAUCUCGAAAAGACAGCAAUCGGAAGACAGCCUUGGGAACUCAAUCACGUUGACAUCGAAUGCACGAAAAAGCUGGGAGAAGGAGCGUUUGGAGAAGUGCACAAAGGAAAACUCAAACUCAAGGUAGGAAAGCUUGUCGAUGUGGCUGUGAAAUUGGCGAAGCUCGAAGUGCUGACAAAGGAACAAAUCAAGGAGAUUAUGCGAGAAGCACGCCUGAUGCGGAACUUUGACAAUCCCAACGUCGUCAAGUUCUAU